AUAAAUUAAGUGAUGAGUUUACUUUCAGAUGGAUGUAUAUUUCUCUGGUGUUGACAUGAAGCAGCAUCGACAGCACUGGUUAAAACAUCAGUGUUUUCUAUGUUUUUCUGAUUCAUUCAAAGGUUUUCCACCUGAUGGUUAACACUGAUUUAAAACUGAUGAAUCUGCUGAAGCUGAAGAAAUGACGAGCUGUUUGGUGACUGAGUGAAAUCCAGUUUAAAACUCUGGGUAGAUGGAACAAUCCUUUAAAGAGGUGAAGCUGAACAAGGUCACAGACAGAACUGAACAUUAUUGAUUCAUGGAUCUUUAUUCAUGUUGUCUGUUUCAGUCAAAGACAUUUCAGUGUUUUUAGGACUGUUUUUAUUGGCUCAGCUCGUUAAAGUUAUCGAUAUUAUUAUCAGUUAUUAUUAAUAGUCAUUUUAUUUGUAAUGUUGCAGGUUAGCAGAGGUUAACCCUCCAGCCACUAGGGGGCCUCAAAGCUGAAUGUUCAGCCUCACCUGAGGAGAAUUAAACCCACCUGUCUUUAUCUCUUAUAGGCUUCAAAAUAAAUGUAGGAAACAAGAAGAAAAUGAGCCGCAGGGAGAAGCUGUGCUUUGAGGUUUUCUGACAUAAUUAAGUCAAAAUCGUUGGACUCCACUGUCGCGCAGUGAGUGACGUCAGCCGACAGGUAUGAUGGGAAUGAUUGACAGGUAGCCAUCAUUCCCGUCAGUGAGGAUGUGGAUGUGAAACGGCGUCAAACAGAAGUUAUCCUGCUGGGACCGAAAAAGAAAGUCAGAGGAUGGAGUGAACCUUGUGGCCUGUAAACAACAGAAACCUGUUGGUGGAAACAGCAGCUUGAAGAGAUGACAAAGUCUGAAGAGGUGUCAUCUAAUACGAGAGUGUCUGAGGGCAAACACCACAGAGAGAGACAACAACACAAACACUGAUGAACAGAGAAACUUCUGUUGUUAGAGGACAGAGCAGAGCUGGACCGACCACUCAGUCAGUUUCACUCACACACAAUGGACCAACGUCUGAAUUUUAUCCCAGAGGAACUACAAAAUAACUUCCCUCCUGGCCUGUUGAAGGCUGCCAACAGUCUGGUUGAGGACUACACACAGAGGACACACAACACAAAUCUUCAUGACUUUUUUUCUCUUUUGAAGGACUUUGUCAUCACAGUAAAGAAGAAAAAAGACUCCCACACUCGAACACCUGGUCGAGUGAAGGUGUUUUCACUUGUUACUGGUCAAACCUGUGGUGCUGAUGUGACCAUCCUGAAGAAAGUGAAGAACUGCAGAGGGAUCACUGUGGAGGAGACCAAUCACUGGGACCAAUGUGACGUCAUCAUCGUCUUCUGUCCAAUAAGUGGUCGUCCUGGUUCAGAUGUGCAGGACGCCAUGAGCAGAGUUCAAGGUGACUCACCUGUCAUCCUGGUCCUGAUGCAUCACACCCGAAAACCAGAUCAUGCAGCUGGAGCAACAAACUGGUUUGAGACCUACCCACAGGUUGUGUUGGACGUUGAUGUUCUCUUCCACGACAGUGUACCAGGAUUACUGCAGUGUGAGAGAAAUGAAAAUACAGUCCAACAGAUACACAGAGAGUUAAUGGAACGAGGAGGAAGCCAAGAGAGAGGAGAUGGGGAGGACUAUAUCUUAUUGAGGAGCCCAGUUGCAGAUGGGAAGAAACUGUUCUAGUGGCGUGAGGUCUUGGUUUUGAUGGACUGCAACCUCCUGCCAGAAGGGAGUGUCCUGAAGAGUUUGUGACCAGGAUGGGAGGGAUCGGCCAUGAUCUUUCCUGCCCACCUGGUCCUGGAGGUGUACAGGUCCUGGAGAAAAGGCAGGUUACAGCCGAUCACCUUCUCAGCAGACCGGAUGACACGCUGCAGUCUGCAUCCCCGUCCCUGGCAGUAGCAGCAGUGUACCAGAUGAUGAUGGAGGAGGUGAGGAUGGACUCAAUGAUGGAAGUGUAGAAGUGCACCAUCAUUGUCCUUGGCAGGUUGAACUUCUUCGGCUGCCACAGGAAGUACAUCCUCUGCUGGGCCUUCUUGAUCAGAGAGCUGAUGUUUAGCUCCCACUUGAGGUCCUGGGUGAUGAUGGUCCCCAGGAAACAGAAGGACUCCACAGUUCUGACUGAGGAGUCACACAGGAUGAUGGGGGAGGGUGAAGCUGUGUUCUUCCUGAAGUCUACAACUAUCUCCACUGUCUUCACAGCGUUGAGCGUUGUUUUCACUGCACCACGUAACCAGCUGAUCAAUCUCCCUCCUGUAGGUGGACUCAUCCCCGCCACAGAUGAGCCCAAUGAGGGUGGUGUCGUCAGCAAACUUCAGGAGUUUGACAGACUGGUGACUGGAGGGUUCAUAAAUUUAGCUUCUGAUUAUAUUUUUUCUUUUCUUUCAGCAAUUUACAAAAUAUCUUUUCAGAGACCUCAAUGUGAAUAAAAAUUCUUCCUCACUCAUUUGUCCUGUGAGUGUGAAAGGGUAGGGUUUUUUUCCCUCUUUUUACUUUAUCUUUUUUUGAGUGACAGACUCAGUAUAAUCAGACAGUCCUGUCCUCUCAGACACUGAAAACCUCUGUUCACUGUCACAGAACUCAUAUUAGAAAUUCAUAGAGUGAAAUCUGAAGUGAUUCAGCAGACUGUAGGACUGAAUCUUAAACUCACAGUGAUGUUUUAUUCUGUCUUUUCUUUUGCUUCUCACAUCACUAAAUCUGUGUUAAACAGCCUUUGUUAAGAUUUCUCAGGUUGUCUCUUUGAUUUGAAUUCGUUGUUGUAUAUUGUGGUUCCUGCUUUAAAAAGGUUGUGUCCUAAAAUUCAGUACAAACACCUUCACUGUUGAGCUGCUCUUCAGUCUUUGUUAACUGAUCUGUCUGAAUGAUCAAUAAACUGAUGCACUGGUA